AUGACCUCGAACAUCGACGACCCCAUUGCCGAACACGGCUGGACGCCGGUUCCGCUCGACGCCGACGCCAUUUUCCAGGGCAAGCCAUACCUCCACGAGCCCGCGCCGGUGCUGGUGAAGGACAUUCACUUCCCAUCCGAUGACCCCCUCGUAGCUAGGGCUCAGGAGUACGCCAAGGAACAACUCCCCCUGCAGACCUACAACCACUCUAUGCGGGUGUUUUACUGGGCAACCGCCAUUCUCCACCAGCAGUUCCCUUCUCACGCCAAGGCGCUCUCCCCUUCCACCCUGGCCCUGGCCUGCCUGCUGCACGACAUCGGCACCGCCCCGGCCUUCUGGACGUCGACUCGCCUCUCGUUCGAGUUCCACGGCGCCAUCACGGCGAUCAACCUGCUCAGCUCCCCUCCGCCCAGCAGCACCACCUCCCAGGCCGCCGAAGCCGUGUGCGAGGCCAUCAUCCGGCACCAAGACCUGGCGCUGGGCAGCGUGGGCGUGCGGGCGGGCACCAUCACGCUGCUGGGCCAGGUGCUGCAGCUGGCGACCGUGUACGACAACGUGGGCGCGCGCGCGUACGCCGUGCACGCGGCCACGCGCGACGACGUCCACCGGGCCUUCCCCCGCGGCGGCUGGGAGGCCUGCUUCGCCGGCAUCGUCCGCCGCGAGAUUGCGGCGAAGCCGUGGGCGCACUCGACCCACCUCGGCGGGCCCGACGGCGAGCUCAUUGCCAACGCCGUCGAGGGCAACCUGCUGAUGAAGGCGUACGAGUGA